ACACAGCACAGGCGCAGUAUCGCGGUGGGCCGUCAGCCGAGAAACAUCAAUGGGUGGUCGUAGCCUAAGAUGGCAGACUGCGAGUCGGAAGUGCAGCCCAGAACGCCAGUGACGAAACUCGACGGAAUGAACACGGCCGUGACGAUGGUCAACAACGGCCGAGUGCCCCAACAUGCAAUGAACACAUCGGACCCAACCGGACAGGGCCCAAGGUGCGUCACCAUUUACAAGACUGAGACCGGGUUCGGGUUCAACGUACGCGGCCAGGUCAGCGAGGGAGGACAGCUCAGGAGCAUCAACGGGGAACUCUACGCUCCUCUUCAGCAUGUCAGUGCCGUUUUACCCCAAGGUGCUGCGGAAAAGGCCGGUGUUCGCAAGGGCGACCGCAUUCUCGAAGUAAACAAUGUUAAUGUCGAGGGUGCAACUCACAAGCAGGUAGUGGACCUGAUAAAGUCCGGAGGCGAUGUUUUGACCUUAACUGUGAUCUCAGUGACACCACAGGAAGCGGAGAGAUUGGAACCUUGUGAAGAUAUUAGCUAUGCCUCGGUGGAUUAUAGUGAAAAAAGGUCCUUACCCAUUAGUGUACCGGAUUACCAUGUACGCGAAAGAAAACAUGAACGGUAUAUCGUUUUUAAUGUCCACAUGGCAGGGCGUCAUUUGUGCUCUCGUCGAUAUCGAGAAUUUGCCGCACUCCAUAUGGCCUUGAAGAAGGAAUUCAUCGGGUUCAAUUUUCCUAAAUUGCCCGGAAAAUGGCCUUUCCAACUCAGUGAACAGCAAUUAGACGCAAGAAGACGGGGUUUGGAGCAAUAUUUAGAAAAAGUGUGUGCAGUUCGGGUAAUUGCAGAAAGCGACGCAAUGCAAGAAUUUCUCACAGAUAGACUGGAAGAGGAUGGCGAUCAAGGACCUGCCGUAGAUUUAAAAAUUCUACUUCCUGAUCGCGAAGUUGUUACUGUUACCGUUGCUAAAGCUGCCCCGGUAAAGGACGUCUACGAUGCAGUUUGUUGCAGAGUGGGCUUGGACGCAGAGACUGCAAAGUACUUUUACCUUUUCGAAAUCGUCGAGUACAAUUUCGAAAGAAAAUUGCAACCCCAUGAACACCCACACACCUUAUAUAUUCAAAACUAUUCGACAGCGAGUGCCACAUGUCUGUGUAUAAGAAGAUGGCUCUUUAAUAUUUCGAGACCUCUGAGUGAGCAGGCGUUAACGUGGAUUUUUUGGCAAACUGUCGAUGAAGUCAAUAGAGGACACAUUUCGGCAGGCGAAAGGCUUUAUCAGCUAAAGGCUUUGCAGGAUGCAUCCAGAAAACACGAGUACCUCAAAUUGGCGCGUGAAUUAAGCGGCUAUGGUGACAUCGUCUUUCCCCAUUGUCCUUGUGAUUCGAGGAAAGAGGGUCACGUGAUAGCGGCGGUUGGAACUGCAGCUUUCAAAUUACACGCAGCAAAAGAGGAUGGUACUUUAGAGUCCCAAGUGGUUGAAUUUCAAUGGAACACUAUUACUCGCUGGGAGACUGACGAGGAAGGAAUGGCCUUUUGUUUCCAAUAUACGAGGUCAGACAAUCGCCCUCCUCGCUGGCUCAAAGUCUUCACACCAUACUACAUUUUCCUGGCCGACUGUUUUGAUCGAAUAGCGGAGGAAGCAAAAUGGGAUGACCCAGGGGAAUGACGAAACAUCCGAAAAUAAGUAUGAUUUCACUUUAACAAAUUGAUGAGUCCAUCAUUUUUGUCCACUCUACCAAUCUCAGAACUCUCUUCAUUUAUUACACCCUAGGAUUUAUCUGAAGUAGAUAAUUAAUAUUCAAAUGUUUUUUUCUCGCGAGAGUAAUCGCCAUUCUCGAGCGACCUGUUCCACUGAACAAAUAAUUGUUACAAUAUUAUAAUGAGAGUCGAUGGAAACUUUAUCAGUGAGAGAUUUUUUAAAACUGAAAUAUUCAAAGAUAAAAUAUUGCAAAAUAUUAUUUUCCAAAAUACUUGGAUGAAGUUUGUGUUGGAUGCACCUUAUGCUAGUUCCUAUAGAUAUACAGUCCCUACCCACUUUCUUCUAGAGGCAAAAAAAAUAGGUUUGCGAUUUACAAAGUAUUCAACGUAAGGAAAGGCACAAUAAGCAAAUGUACCCGCCGAUUAAUCAUACAAAUCACUUGGCCUACUAGCGCGUAAUUUAAUUUUCGUUCCCGUAAAAUAAGGACCGAAGGUUUUCUCCUUGUUAGCCUAUUUUCGUAUUUUGUAGAGGCGAUACAAAAAAAAAGUAUUACCUAUAACUAUUUAGGUAAGCUGUAAAUCAUUCUGUUGUCCAGCACAGUCCCUCACGCAGCUGAGGCUCCGAGUGAGGAAUAAAAUUCUAAUUUUUAAUUCGAAUUGAGCUGCCGGAUCGAAGAAGGGCACAUAAACUCAUUUCGCUAGGAGUGGGAAGGUCCCUGGAAGCUUUCUCAAACAUAUACGAAUUUUAAUUUUUAAAGACUAUAUAUAGAUGCAGAAAUUCAUUGCGCAUCUUUUUUCCCCCAGGCAAAAAGUUGUAUUUUUUUUAGUUUUCUAAUAAAA